CCUCGGCGCGGUUCGGCCGCGCUCGGAGCUUCCUCGCCGUUACCGGCUCGGUAACAACGGCCGCGCCGCUCAGCCCCGGCCCGCAGCAGCCCUGCCCGGCCAUGCUGGUCACUGCAUGGCCCCUGAGGAGCAGGACGCGCUGGCCGUACGCGAGCAGCUCUUCCACGAGAGGGUCCGCGAAUGCAUCAUCUGUGCCCUGCUCUUUGCCAGCCUCUACAUCCUCUGCCACUUCAUCAUAACCCACUUCAAGAAGCACACAGACUUCGCUGCAGUGCACGACGAUGAGGAUGCUGCUGCCAACAGGAUCGCACUGGGGCUCUGCACCUUCACCCUGGCAGUGGCACUGGGAGCUGUCCUCCUGCUGCCCUUCUCCAUCAUCACCAACGAGGUCCUGCUCUCCUUCCCCCACAACUACUACAUCCAGUGGCUGAACGGAUCCCUCAUCCAUGGCCUCUGGAACUUGGUUUUCCUCUUCUCCAACCUCUCCCUUGUCUUCCUCAUGCCCUUUGCCUACUUCUUCACCGAGUCCGAAGGCUUUGCUGGAUCCAAGAAGGGCAUCAUGGCCAGGGUGUAUGAGACGUCGGUGGUGCUGCUGCUGCUGAGCCUGCUGGUGCUGGGCAUGGGCUGGGUGGCCUCUGCCAUCGUCAGCAACGACGCUGCCAGGCGCCAGUCGCUCUAUGACCUCUGGGACUGUUACCUGCCCUACCUCUACUCCUGCCUCUCGCUGCUGGGUGUGCUGCUGCUGCUCUUCUGCACCCCCUUUGGCCUCUCCACCAUGUUUACUGUCACAGGCAAGCUGCUGGUGAAGCCCAGGCUGCUGGAGGACCUGGAUGAGCAACUGAGCUGCACAAGGCUGGAGGAAGCUGCUGUGUCCCAUAGGAUCUCCUCCGGCAAAGCUUCCUGCUGGCUGAACCUGGACAUGGAGCUGCUGCGGGAGCAGCUCCUCACCAUCCGCAGCCAGAGGCUCAAGCUGGAGCUGCGGCACCGAGCAUCUCCCUGGCAGAGGAACUUGGGCUACCCCCUGGCCAUGCUGGGCCUGUUGGCACUGACUGGCAUCUCUCUGCUCAUUGUCUGCUUCCACGUCCUGGAGCUGCUGCUGGACGAUGCUGCCAUGCCCAGGGGCAUGCAGCAGGAUGCAUCCCUGGGGCAGGUCUCCUUCUCCAUCUUUGGGUCCUUUGGAGCUGCCCUUCAGGUGGUCCUCAUCUUCUACCUGAUGGUCUCCUCUGUCGUGGGCUUCUACAGCUCCCCCCUCUUCACCCACCUGCUCCCCGAGAAGCAGGACACCCCCCUCACAAAGAUCAUCGGGAACUGCGUCUCCUUGCUGGUGCUCAGCUCAGCCCUGCCUGUCUUCUCCAGGACUCUGGGCAUCACUCGUUUUGAUCUCCUGGGAGCCUUUGGUCGUUUCAACUGGUUGGGGAACUUCUACCUCAUCUUCCUCUACAACAUGGGCUUCGCAGGGCUCACCACCCUCUGCCUGGUCAAGAAGGUCUCUUGGGCUGUCCAGGCAGAGCUGAUUCGUGCCCUCGGUCUACACAAGCUGCCGCUGCCUGUCGCUCGCCACCGGCCUCUGGGCAAAGCCAGUUAGGGUUGGGGGAGGCAAGGAGGUGCCCUCCCCCCACCCUUGAUCCACCAAGGUGGCCACCAAGCUGCAGGGCUGGCCCAGGUGGCACCUGGUGCUUUAGGGACAUCAGAGUCCCUCAUGGAGCAGGGGUUCUGCCCUCCCCCCCAGCUCUCCCUUCAGGUUCUGCCAACCUGCUGCACUGCUGAGCCUUGGCCUUGAGCUGUGUCCCCAUCACAGCCACCCCCCCCAGCAGUGUGGGGUGCCCCCCUCCAGGGGCUGUGCUGGCUGCAGCCCACCCCCCUCACCUUCAUUUGCACUCCCCUGGCUGCACCUCGGGGUGGGGGUGGUUGAGUUUUAAAUACCCCCCCCCGCCACGGGGGGAGGUUGGGUUUAAGUACCCCCCCCCCAGGGACUAUCCUGGCACCGCAGUGGGGGUUGCCCUCUGCAAUCACUCCACUCCUUGUGCCACCCUGGGGGCUGCCAGGGGACUUUGGUUGUCUCCCAGCUAGAGGCUUUCAGGGCUCCCCCUGCCCCCCCCCCGGCUAAGGGAGGGGCAGGGCUGGGGGGGGGCUGCUGCAUGGUUCUGGGGCUCCCAGAUUUGAUGUGAUGAACCUGUCAGGUCUCUGUUCCCUUCAGGAUGUGUUUGGAGCAAUAAACAAACUCUGGGUUUUUAUAUAA